GCUGGAGCUCGGGGUCGCGUCCCAGAGCCCAUGUCCAGCAGAGUGGAUUGAGCGGGUUCCUGCAGCGGAGGUGAGACCGUACUUCGCAGUUUUCUCGUUUGCGAGGAGCUCUAACAGCAAGCAGUUGAGCCACGGCCAGAAGCGCGCACGCGAGAGAAAGCGAAAUGGCGUUGAUGGAGGCCAUUUCUCUCGGAAAUGUGGCGAAACGGUCGAUUGGAGGAUGCCUUCCCGUGCUCUCGUCCGUGCCGUCGUGUCGGUGCGCAACUGUGAAUUGCGGCGUGCGAGCUUUCAAUUCCUCGAGAACCGAAUGGACCUCACUCACAUUGGAUCACGGAAGGGCAGUCGGAAUUGACGGCAGGAAAGCGCUGGUGGCCAGGAGAGGACCGUCGCGGCCCCAUGGCUUAGAAUCCAAACGCUCUGUGCAGCAAGAGGAAAGGAAAGAAGAUUCGGAGGGAAGUCCUGCAAUAAGUUCUGGAAGCGAUGGGGAUUCGGCCGGCGAGGUCGUGGACGCAGAGUUUCAAGCGGAGACGGCGACCGCAGCAGCUAAGACUGACGAGAAGACGACCACCGCAAGUUCUCCUGAUGAAAUAGGCAAGGCCUUGAGCGAGCUUAGAAAGGAAAGGGUCGCUUCGGAUGUGCAGGGACCCGCGAGCACCAAUGAUUUCUGGCAAGGGGUGGUCGAUGAAACCAAGCUCAUCGAGUGGCCCCCUCUACCCAAGGUUUUGGGAACCACAGGAGUAGUAGUAGCCAUGAUUCUGGGCUCUUCUGUAGUUCUUCUCACUGUGAAUGCAAUUUUGGCAGAAGGAUCUGAUUUUCUUUUCACGAAUCCCGCCUUCAAGGAAUUCGCAAGGGGAACCUUGAAUCUCUACUGGUAGGAGAUAGGCAACGGAUAUCCAAUUUGUACACUUCAAUUGCUGUAAAUUUGUAGCGAAUUCUCGAGCUGAUCAUGUCAGUGCAGCAGAAUGGCCCUUGUAAGGUAUGCUUUCCAGUCACUGUUCUUCCUAGAGCUGCACCAUCAUCAUUUGAUGAAUCUACCUAUCGUUCACUAUUACUUAAUUAUGGUCCUGCAUCCUGGAACCUGACGGUUCAAAACUAUCUGUCAUGACAUGCCACCGACUUUGUUUGACAUGGACCCAUCAAAAGAAAUACUUGGCCUCGACUUGAGUGCAGUGAAUGAGCUGAGAAAUCAUUGUUUGAAAAACUAGAUCGUGCGGACCACACUCUGUCGAGUAUGUCUACUCGAGAGCACCGAGUCCUCAGAA